AUGGAGGCAGCUGGAGGCUGCAGCAAGCCAUGUGCCAGAGUGAGUCCCAGUCCCUUGGCAGACCUGCGAGAGGUAGAAUGUUGCGUGACAAAGCGGCAGUUGUCACGGACACGCCACAGGGCUACGCUGGCAAGACUCUUCAGUGGCUUACAGGAAGUUGUUUUAUCCCAGUUAGGCAAGUCGGCCUCAAAGUAUCAGGUUUUGCGUAAGGCUAAGAAAUCUAUCCAGAAGCUGGAGCAAACCUUGGGUUCUUUGCUGAAGAUGAAAGAAUCCUUCAGUCUGGAGGAUGGGAACCUGUCCAGCUUGGAGGAAGUCAGGGAGGAGUAUGUCAAGAGGUAUUUCAGAAAUCACAGCACUGCAUCAGCCUCGGGAGCUGUGAGUGAGACUGACUCUGCCCUCUGGUAUUCGAUUCAGGAAUGUGAAAAACAAACAAUGGAAAAGGAUGAGAAACCAGUAUUGAUCCUGUCCCCAGACACUUCAUGCCCGGAUCUGGUGGAAUUUGAACGAUACCUGUAUUUUUAUAAGCACGCAGCGGACCUGCUGAUAGAGCAUGGAAUUGUUUGCACUGAGGAGGUGCCUCUUCCUGAGGUCUCCACAGCUAUUUUCCGCUUCUGGCAAGAGCAAUCUGAAGAAAGGAGAGACAGCAUCUUGCAGUACUGUAGCCAGAGAGCUUUCCUCAUGGAUCCCAAGGCUGCUAGCCAAGAGCCUGCAUGCACUGAAGGUAGUGUGAGGGACAGCAGAGGUGACAAUGAGGAAGCCAGUGGUUCCUCAGUCUCCAUACAAGAGGAAAUGAUGUUUGAAGAUGCAUUUGAUAUUACUGCUGGUUUCCUUGACCGAAGAGAGACUCAGGGAGUUUCUGGCCAGAGUUCAGCAUUUGCAAGCUGCACUUCUGACAAUCCAGAGGAGAACCACAGGCACCACCUGCAGAUCACCAACUUCCUAAAGAGCCUCUUCUUUGCUAAUAUGCUGUUUUGCCAGGAAGAAGAUCUUCAGUUUGAUUAUGAGACUGAGAUGCUGAGGUGCACUGAGACCUUCGAUGAUGAAGAUUUCUAAACAGUAUUGCUGUUUGCUGAUGUUUUGCCAAGCAUUGCUGGUUACAGCUGAAGAGAC